AUGGUGAUAACUCUCUCACAUGGAGUCCAUAACCACGGAUUAGAGAAGAUCGACACAAGGUUGGGCCAAAAGAAGAAAGUAGGUCCACUGGGAAAAACCCUAGUUUCUCUUUGGAAUGCCAAGACAGGAAAGGGGAGAGGCGGCAAUCUGAAGCUUGCGAAGACAAUUGCGGUGACUGCAACAUCUCCGGUGAUUGGAAGAUCGGCGGGAACAGUCGCUGGCCGUGAUCCGAAACUGAGACAAAGCUCCAAGGGUUCAGAUCUGAAGCGAGGGCUACGAGGAAGAAAUGGAGAUAAGGAUUUGCCAGAUAACUCAUCUUUUCUUCUUCACUUGAUGAUGAAGAUCGGCUGA